AUGGAAUCCAUGAAUGUUUGUUCCAAUGGCAAUUUCCUUGGAACUAUUGAGGAAACCUCAAUAUUGACACAGAAAACGAAAGACAUAUAUGCUUCGCAGCGUGCACUUGAACUGAGAAAAUUUUAUGAUCCUUAUCAAGCUGAUAUAAAUCCUCAAUCUUCUAAGGAUACUCUAAAUGGUCGACUCAAUUCUGAUGGAGCCCUCGACAAUUAUGCCGAGGUUGCUAUAUGGCGUUUAGGGGGCGUUCAUUCUAUGAUUAGUAUCAUUGAUGGCUCUACUCAAUACUUCAUUGCAGGAGCACGGCGCGAUAAAUCUCUACCCGAGGAGGAUAUCGUCAAUGAUUCGUGGUUUGGUUGUUUUCAAGUGCCAACGCCAGGUGGUCUUUGUGAAAAUACCUUGGCAAUCAAUGAUGACGAAAAUGAUCCUUACCCUUGUUUUAUUGUCGAUGAUUUGAAGAGAGACCCAAGAUUUGCCAAUUUAUCCAUAGUUGAUGGUUCUUUGGCUUCAUACGUUUGGUAUGCUGGGGCUCCAAUUACUACCAAAAAUGGUAUCAACAUUGGUGUUUUAUGUGUCUUCGGUGAUCGCCCUGCCACCGGGUUUAAUUUAGAGAGAAGAAGAUUUUUAUAUCAUCAAGCGAACAAUAUCAUGAAGUACAUGGAAACGCAACGAGAGGCUAUCGAAAGACAUCGAGUUGCGCUCAUGUCGAAAGGAAUUGCUACCUUCAUAGAAAGAACUUCUCGUUACACUAACAUUGUCUCUGACAGCCCAUACUCUUCAACUCUAGCAGUUUCAAAUACGACCAAUGCAUCCGGUACUCAAUUCGACGAUGAUACCAGAACAGACCUUUCUCAGGAUGGACAUUCUAACACAUCAAAUCAACCACACCAGUCUUCCGAAUCUGUACUUGAUCAAAUAAGAAUCACUUUGGAUCACGCGGCCGAAAUUCUUCGGGAAUCCCUUGAACUUAACGUUGGAGGUGUUGUCUUCUUGGACACGACUAAUGGUCAUACUGAAGUGGGGAAUAUGGAUGCUUAUAUGGAUACAAGCACUGAUAUCGGUACAGAGGUGAAAGAGGCUGAAUUGAGGAGGUCGCUCGUACAAAAUGAAGAAAGACCAAAGUAUGAAGAGUACCGAAGAAAAUUGUCUCAAGGCACCAUACGAACUUCCACGGAUAGACAUAAAGUGGCAAAGGUCCUUUCUAUGUCAGCGGCAAAAGUUGCAACCUGGGACUCAGAAGCUCAUGUUCUGGAUGGCAAAACCCUUCGGUCGCUAAUGAAUUCUUAUCCUAAGGGGAAUGUCUGGUAUAUUGACGACAAUGGCUAUUUCUCGAGUCUGGAACAAGUCAACGAUCGGAAACGCGCGCCCUCGACCGAUACUAGUCCUGCUGAAAGGCCUAGAACAUCUGGCUCUUUUGAUGCUAUGAAGCAAGAAGCGGAAGCAACUAUGCUUGGCAAGGUAUUCCAUAAAGCAAGGCAAAUCAUAUUCCUUCCUCUUUGGGAUUCUGCUGGCGAGAGAUGGUACUCGGGCCUGUUUGUAUGGAGUCAAUCAGCAGUCCCUGUUUUUACCGUAAAUAAUGAGAUAUCUUACUUAUCUGCAUUUACAAACUCGGUCAUGAUGGAGAUUAGUCGAUUAGAUGCCCUGAUUUCUAACAAGAUGAAAUCUGAUUUUAUUAGUAGCAUUUCUCAUGAAUUUAGAAGUCCAUUACAUGGCAUUUUGGCUUCAGCAGACUUCUUACGGGAAUCGAACCUUGACAUUUCACAAACAGAAUUUGAUACAAUCAAUCACGUUCUUGACUACAGCAAAAUCAAUUCUUUCGAGAAAAGAGAAGGCUCUUUACAAGGGUCUUUCUCGAGCGAGCUUCAUCAAGUAACCAACGUAGCUUUGCUAUGCGAGGAUACCAUCAAUGGUAUGAUUGCUGCUAACCACUUUAGAAGUGCUGCUCCCAUGUAUAAUUUAGCACUUUCAAAUGGUUCACCAAAAAAGAAAACUGGUCUCUCCCCAGACGUAACGGCACAACCAUUGCAAAUUGUUCUAGAUUUUGAAAUGCGGGAUUGGACUUAUAAAGUUCACGCUGGUGCAAUUCAACGUAUUUUGAUGAACAUAUUUGGCAAUUCGCAAAAAUAUACAGAUCAUGGCUAUAUUCAAGUACAGUUGCAACUGCGACAACAAAAAACGGCCAUCGACGUGCCACCUUCAAAUUCUCAUCCCGCCGGGGACUUCAUGUGUCUGCGUAUUACAGAUUCUGGCAAAGGAAUGUCAACUGAAUACAUGGAACGCAAACUUUACCAUCCAUUUGCCCAAGAAAAUAGCUUUACACCUGGUGUUGGCUUGGGUCUUUCUAUUGUCUGGAGCAUUGUGAAACAAUUAGGUGGAACUAUACUCAUCCGCAGUGAGGUAGGCAUCGGGACCGAUGUUGAGGUUCUCAUCCCUGUGGAAAAAUCAGAGCCUCCUUCACACGAUGAAGUCAUGAGCGGUGAUACUGUCGAUACAACCGAUGUCAGAAUUGCUGCGGAAAAAGCAAUGAGAUCGCUCCGUGAUAGAGCAGCAGGAAGAGUAAUUUCUUUUGAUCGUGGCCAACUCACAUCCCCUCAAACUAAUGCAUGGGAUUGUAUUCAGAGAUACUGCUCCGAGUGGUAUGGUUUUGAUGUCCGAAAGUCUGAUGGAAAUUCACAGAGUGAAGACCUACUUCUCAUCAAUGAGACAUUUAAAUUUCCAGAAUGUUCUCCUUGUCAGAGGAUAUUAGUAAUCCAUGCCGCAAUGAGCUAUCCAACUAUCAAUAGGCCAGAUGAUCAGCAUUUUAUUGCCAAUAUUUCUCAACCAAUAGGACCCUACAGACUUGCCCGAUCAAUUCUUGCUCUGUUGGAUCAAACUGUUUGCGAAUUACGCAAUAAGCACGCUACUACACAAACUCCUCUUGGAUCACCCGAGGAAUUACACCGCAAUGAAACAAAGGAAUAUAGCUUUUUACCAGUGCAAGAGCCGGAGCCCAACACAAAAAAUGAUAUUAUACUUACUCUAGCAAAGCAAAAGGUCCGCGAAGAAUUUGCUGAAUCUCUUCAAAACUUAGAACAGCUUCAACUCCAAGCACCUCUUGCUACUCCCCUGGAACCAAUACCCAGACCGCAAAUUCCUGAACGCAAAUCUUCGAAAUAUCCUUCACCUCCGCCACCUCCGCCUCCUCAAGUCACUCAAGUCACACAAGUCAACCCAGAAAAAACACCCCUCCAUAUUCUCGCCGUUGAUGAUAACGCACUUAAUCUCCAAUUGAUACAUCGUUAUCUCCAAAAACGUAAAAUAGAUACAAUAGUGACUGCAACUGAUGGUUUAGAAGCAGUGGCAGCCGUAAAGGCGUCAAAAAAUGGAUUUGAUGUAAUUUUCAUGGAUAUUUCGAUGCCAAAAAUGGAUGGAUUCGAAGCUACACGACUUAUCAGAAAUUGGGAGAGCGAGUUAUGUGUAGGGUUGGAUGGUCUAAUCGCUUGGGGGCACGGCAGAGAGAAAGAGGGGGAAAUGGAGAUUGAAGAAAAGACCCAUGAUCAACUACCCAGGGGCAAGGCUUAUGUAGUUGCUAUGACAGGCUUGGGGAGUCAAAAAGCAAGGGACGAGGCCGAUAGAAGUGGAUUUGAUGAUUUUAUGACUAAACCGGUUAAAUUGCCAAAAGUUGGAGAGUUGUUGAAGAGAUUGAGUUGUGAGAAGGCUGCUAGGUUGGAAGUUAGUAAGCGUUAUACAGGUUGGAACUUUUAA